GGGGCGGCCGGGGAGGGACGGAGGGAGGGCGGCCCAAGGUCGGCGCGGCGCUGCGCAGCCGUGCCCUGCGCGGGUGUCCGCGGCUGCUCGCAGAUGGAGUACGACUGGCUGGGCUUCGGCUACGCGGCGCUGGUGGCGGCGGGCGGUGUCGUGGGCUACGCCAAGGCAGGCAGCGUCCCUUCUCUAGCUGCCGGUCUUCUGUUCGGCGGCUUAGCGGGACUAGGCGCUUACCAGCAGUCCAAAGAUCCAAAGAAUGUGUGGCUUUCCCUCGUGGCAUCUGGCACCUUGUCUACUGUUAUGGGAAUGAGAUUCUACAACUCCAAAAAGGCAAUGCCCGGGAUAAUUGCCGGUGCCAGUUUACUGAUGGUUGGACGGCUUGGAUUGCAGAUGAUGGAAAAACCUCUUAAGCCAUAAAUCUACAUUAAGUGACUUGAAGAUACAUGAUUGAGAAGCCCAAAAAUGCAACUGCCUAAAUGUGCUGCACAGAAGUGGAAAAGGCACUGCUACCUGUGCAUUGUAUUUUUCAUAUCCUAAUGCACGUGGGUUGUGUUUUUAAAGGACCCACAUAGAGAGCCCUUGUCAUGUCUUCCAAAAUGGUAUUUGUCUUAACAUUUUCUGCACUGAAAGCAAGCAAGAAAAUAUGAGUAUAGCAUUAGUUAAGCUUCUGGUCCUGCAACUUAGUGUAGGCAAAGACCUCCUGGCCCUUGCAUUCAGACAGUUGUAGGAUUGAAGCUUAAACGCACAUCCUGACUCAUCCUUCUAAAAUCAUGUAUACCUCUAAAACUAGGGGAGAGGAGCAGCUGAUUUGUCACUAGUAAUUAAUACAAUAAACAUGCUCAUUCUGUUUCAUCUCCCUUCCCAUAUCAGUUUAUCUGUUCACAGUGUUUGUCAGUCAGGGAGUUUGUUUUCCCAGCACUGCGUGUUAGAGCCUGGUCCCACAAAACACAGCCACGGAGCGAGUCGAGGCUCUGCUGUAGUGCAAUAAAUGCAUACCCAUGCCUUGUGGUCACUUGUCAGCAACAGAACUCAGCUCUAUGUCACUCACUGUGAUUUUACAGGUUACUACUCAUAAAUCAAAAAUACACUUUAUUAGGUAAUGCUGAAUUGUAGGCACAGCUUUAUUAAAAUGUUACUUUAAAUAAACUAAAAAAUUAUUAUUGAAAA